AUGGACGCUGCUACUGCACUUGCUGUUGCUCAGACGCUGUUUGCGACGUUACAGUGUGCAGAAGUGCGAAAGCUAUGCUCCAUCAUUAAAUAUGAAUCUGAACUUGAAAAGCUGAUUGAAACUGUCGAUACCAUCAAGAGUGCUCUCCGGGAUGCUGACUCCAAGUGUCAGGAACUCACAUAUGGAGGCCAAAACUGGGUCAAGAACCUCAAGGAUGCUGUCUACGAAGCUGAUGAUCUGUUGGAUGAAUUCAACACUGUUGCUCACCAGUUAGAAAAAACGCCCGGUGGUAAGGUUAUGAAGAAGGUACGCCGUUUCUUCUCUUCUAAUAACCAAUUGAAAUUUGCUAUCAAUAUGUCAAAAGAGAUUGAGACUCUUAGGGAGAAGAUGGAUGGCUUGGCUAAAAACCGUAGGGAUUUUGGGUUUAGUGAGCUUUAUAAGCCUGUGAAAAGGAGAGAGGAAACCUGCUCUUAUGUGUACGAGCAGGAUAUUAUUGGGAGAGAUAUAGACAAGGAGGCUAUUGUAGAUUUGUUGUUAAAAGAUGACUUGGAGGAUAACAUAUCUUUUGUGACUGUUGUGGGUAUUGGGGGGUUGGGUAAAACUGCUCUUGCCCAACUUGUGUUUAGUGAUAAUAGAAUUAAAGAAGUAUUCAAAGAUGACAUGUACUGGGUUUGUGUGUCUGAAAAUUUUGAUACAAAAGAUAUUUUAGGUAAAAUGCUUGAGAUGAAUGAGCUAGGAUUUGAGGGCCUGCACAAAGAAGUUCGAAAUAAGAUAGGAGGGAAAAGAUUUUUGCUUGUUUUAGAUGAUGUAUGGUAUGAGAACGGUAGAAAAUGGGAUGAGUUGAAAAACUUCUUGAUUUUAGGUGGAAGGGGAAGUAGGAUUUUGGUGACUAGCCGCUCCAGAAAGGUUGCAGGAGCUAUUGGAAACUAUCCAAUUCAUGAGUUACCAGGUUUAUCCGUAGAGGAUUCUUGGGCAUUGUUCAAGAAGAUAUCACUUGGUCAGAAGGAAGACGAAGCAACCACUGGCCUUGUCGAGAUAGGAAGAGAUAUUGUGAUAAAAUGUGCCAAUGUGCCUCUCUCCAUAAGGGUGGUGGCCAGUUAA